AUGGGUGAGGCGGAGGAUUGUUUCACGCGCACAAUGGGGUCUCCUUCGUUUCCUGCUUUUGAAGCGGAUGAAUUUGACUUGGACGCUAACGACGAAGAUAUGUUGGAGGUUGCCGGGCAGUUUGAGGGCAAUCGAUCUCCAGCAAUUGACGAUCAUGCAUCUCACGGCCGCAAGGUUUUUGGGGAAACAUCUGGAAAUGCUACCCGCGCCCCUUCACCUGACAAGUCACCGGUCCAAACCGCUCUAUGGAAUCAACAUUCAUGGUCAAUGGAUGUGAAGAAUGUGCUGAAGGACCGAUUUCACUUGCGGGGUUUUCGGAUGAACCAACUCGAGGCCAUCGACGCUACUCUGAGCGGGAAGGACACAUUUGUUCUGAUGCCGACGGGCGGAGGAAAGUCGUUGUGCUAUCAAUUGCCCUCCGUUGUAACCAGCGGCACUACUAGAGGAGUCACGAUCGUGAUAUCCCCAUUGCUGAGUUUGAUGCAGGACCAAGUUGACCAGUUACAAAGGCUCAAGAUCAAAGCCAUAUUGUUGAACAAGGAUACCAAGAAGGAAGAAAGAACACAGGUCCUGAGCACUCUUGCCCGCGCCGGAGCGGAUGAGCAUAUCCAGCUGCUCUAUAUAACGCCGGAAAUGAUGAACAAAAACCAGGUUCUCAAUCGGAUCCUGGAGAGUCUUCACAGCAGGCAAAGACUUGCGCGGAUCGUCAUUGAUGAAGCUCAUUGCGUUAGCCAAUGGGGACAUGAUUUCCGACCUGAUUAUAAAGAGCUAGGGCAGAUUCGCAAUCAGCUGCCGGGGGUCCCGAUGAUGGCUUUGACCGCUACUGCAACGGAAAAUGUUAAGGUGGACGUCAUUCAUAAUCUCAAAAUGGAGGGAUGUCGAGUAUUUACGCAAAGUUUCAACCGCCCUAAUCUGACCUACGAAGUGCGUCCAAAGCCAAAAGGGGCUGAGCUUCUGAACAGCAUUGAAAGCAUUAUCAAGACUUCUUAUCGGAACCAGUCCGGUAUAGUCUACUGUCUCUCACGGAAGGUCUGUGAGAAAGUGGCGGAAGCUCUCCAGGAGAGAGGAAUCAGGGCUGCUUUCUAUCAUGCGGGCAUCGAGACAGCCAAGAAAGCGGAAGUGCAGCAGCGUUGGCAGUCCGGACGUUACAAUGUCAUAGUCGCAACCAUUGCUUUCGGAAUGGGGAUUGACAAGCCAGACGUUCGAUUUGUGAUCCACCAUAGUAUCCCAAAGAGCCUUGAGGGAUAUUACCAAGAAACCGGACGUGCUGGGCGGGAUGGUAAGCGUUCUGGUUGCUACCUUUACUAUUCCUACAAAGAUACGUCGAUGAUAAACCGCAUGAUCGACAGCAGUGAUGGUGAUUGGGCACAGAAAGAGCGGCAGCGCCAGAUGUUACGGAACGUUGUCCAGUAUAGCGAGAACAAAAGUGAUUGCAGACGAGUGCAGAUCCUCGCCUAUUUUAACGAAUACUUUCGUCGCGAGCAUUGCAAUAAGUCCUGUGAUAAUUGCAAGUCUGAUUCGGUUUUCGAGACGCGUGACUUUUCCGAAUACGCUUCUUCCGCUAUUAAACUUGUGCGUCAUUUCCAAGAAACUCUGAAUGAGAACGUGACCCUACAGUACUGCGUGAACAUCUUUCGGGGUAGCGUGAAACGACCCAGGUCUCCCGAGCACCGACAGAUUCCGUGGAAUGGAGCCGGCUCAGCUCUGGAGCUAGCGGAGGCAGAGAGGCUUUUCCAACGACUGCUCAGCGAAGGGGCGUUCAGAGAACACAAUGUGGUCAACGCUAGCAGUUUCGCAACCCAAUAUCUCAAAGUGGGCCGGCGCGCUGCUGAAUUCGAGAGUGGCCGUCGCGAUUUGAAGCUCCAAGUACGGCUCUCGCCCAGUAAAGCAGCGCGAUCAGCCGCUGGUACCCGUCCAGGAGGUGGAAACGAUGAUCAUCCAAUGUCCACGAACGUGUCUUCACCUGUCCAGUCAGCGAGCCACCGUCGUCUAGCCAAAUUCCGGCACCGCGCAUCUGAAGACGAGGAUUCCGGCAGCGAGGACAGUGAUGGGUUUGAGAGGAUACGGAUUGCUGGCAAACCACGGCAAGAAAAGAAGCAGAGCUUGGGUCCACCGAUAACUGAUGAUGGCGAUUUCUCUCGUCUUGAACAACUUCACCAGGCCGUUGCAGAGGAUUUCAUGUAUUUCGCUAAGCAAACUUGUCAGCAGAUAAUGAUGGAAAAAGGCCUUCGGAAUCAACCUUUCACGGACGGUAUUUUGCGUAAAAUAGCCAUACGGCUGCCCAAAGAUCUAUCUGAACUUGCUGCCAUUCCUGGAAUCGACACUGACAAGGUUGCGCGAUACGGGAACAAGAUAUUGGAGUAUGCGAAAAACACACGGCGCCGGCUCGUGGAACUCAAAAAAGACGGCGAGGAUGCCGAUGGUGUUGUCGCAGACCCGAACCAUACCAAUGUCAUCAAUCUUGACAGUGACAACGAGUUUGGUGGCGAUGAUAUUUUCGAAGACCAAACAUCGAGCGUUUUCGACUUGGACGAAAGUAAUACCGUCUCUAGUCGGUUUUUCUCCGAGCAACCACCACUAGCGCCUGAUUCGUCAGACGAAUACCACGAUGCUGUUUCUGAACAAAGCGGCCCUAAAUCCCGAAAGCGCCAGUCUGGCAAACGCACACGCCGGAAAACACCUUCCGGCUCGGGGUUCAAAGCGAAAGGCUCAAGAUCCAAAGCAUCAAAGUCCGGCGAUAGCCUGAGUAAUCGCCCUUCCUCAUCUCGGAAACCUACGAAAGCAAAAUCAUCUAAUUCAGCGCCCCGAAUUCCCAUAAUGCCUACAUGA